GGACUGAGGACCGAUCAUACUUGUGUUGGCUCGAAAUCUGCGGUUCGGCGGCUCAGGUUUCCAAUGACUGUCUCUGCCCAGAUUAGGGCUGGCGAAUGAGGCAAGUAAUUGUCAGUUUACCAUUCGUUACCAUUGGCGGGAGGUGCGAAAGAUGCCGCCUCCAUAUGGAUGCUUACCCAACCCAUCCAUCUCUCAACUAAUGCCAGCAUGCUAUAACAGGCUCUGGGCCAGAAGGUGGUGGUGCGAUCGUCCCAUAAUUCAUCUUCCGUUUCUGUCUCACUGAUGUGUUGCUUGGCAUAUCGUCAUCCUGAAGUGGUAGUCACGUCCAAUUGCAGCGACACUUUUGCUUCAUGGAUCCAUUCUCUAUUAUUGCAGGCACAGCUGGAUUGGCUGAUGUUUGCUUGCGGCUUGCAAUCUUUCUAAAACAUGCCCACGAUGGAUUUAGGGUAGUGGAUCAAGAAUUGGAGGAGCUCUCCGAAGAGAUCACCUCACUGCGAGCUCUCAACGAUCUAGCAGAGCGUACUUACAAGGAGGAAUCAGUAGUUGGAAUAGAUCCCGACCAGCAGGACGUUCUCAGUACAAAUUGGCGCGCAACCCAAAACACUUUAGCGAGCUGUCAGGGCAUAGUUGAACGGAUUGAGGCAAUAUUGAGAGAGAUUCUACAUUCUGGAAAUGGAAAACACGUCAAGCUUGACCAAGUACGCAAGUGGUUGAAGCAGCGAUCCAAGGAGAGGGGGUUAAACACACUACGGGAAAAGCUGCAAGCGCAUCAGAUUGCGCUACAAGUCAGUCUUUCAGCGGUCAGCAUUAUUCAUUCUCGCACAUCGCAGCAGGAGUCCCACAAGUCUUAUUCGGACUUAUCCGCAUCCAUCCAAAGUCUGGGUGCCGACUUGGUAUCGAAGAUAGAUUCCUUAAAAAGAGUUAUCACCCCGUCUGAAAGAACGCUUGGAUCCUCUAUUGAAUCCGUAAAGGAAGCGGUAGCUUUCGCAUAUCUAAACAAGCAUUUCUUCAUACCGCAACCUGUGAGAAGUAUCUUUACUGGGCGUAAGGACGAGCUUGAACAGUUGAAAAAUUGCCUUACCACUACACCGUCCGAAGGUCCUCUCUGCACACAAAAAAGGUUCGUGGUCUUCGGUCUUUCUGGGUCCGGGAAAACGCAAUUCUGUUGUAAAUUUGCGUCAGAAAAUAAGCAAAGCUUUUGGGGUGUAUUUUGGUUCGAUGCAAGCUCCCAGGGGCACGCAGAACAAUCGUUCUCCAAUCUCUCGACGAUCGGAAAGGUCGCAUCUAAUCCAGCUGCUGUCAAAAGUUGGUUUUCAAGUCUUGGACCCGAGAAGCCAUGGUUGCUCUUAUUCGACAACGCGGACCACGAGAGAUUCCCUGUGGAAGAAUACUUUCCUGAUAGCAAUUUUGGUACCAUCCUCAUAACGACCAGGAAUCCGCUGCUCAAAACACACGGUACUGUCGGGCCUCGUUAUUUUGGUUUUCAUGGACUAGAUGAGGAAAAAUCGAUUGAAUUGCUCCUGAAUGCUUCGGAAGAGCCGAAGCCUUGGAAACCAUCCUCAGUCAAUUCUGCAAGUAUCAUUGCUAAAGCUAUGGGGUAUCUACCUCUUGCCCUCAUACAUGCUGGGGCAACGAUUCAUUCACACCUUUGCACACUUGAGAAUUACCUUGAAGUCUUUGAAGAAACUUGGGAAUUCAUCCGUCAGACGAAGGAUCCAAAUGCUUCUACUCCAAUCUCACAAGAAAAUGCGGCCAUCUAUAGUACCUACGAAGUGAUCCUCAGUGGCAUUUUAGCAAAGAAGACACUAGCUUCCGAAGAUGCUUUAGAUCUUUUGAGGAUAUUUUCUUUCCUCGAUCGUCAACAGAUUAAGCUAAGCAUCUUCUUCCGUGCAGCGUCGAACCCAGAAGGAAAGGCAUACAGCAAAUUGAUUCCAAAGAUCACACGGGGCCAGGCAUUAAGAAGCAUUAUCACACGCCUUGUCAAUCUUCUCUCUCAACUAGGCCACCGCCCUGUUCUACCAAGGUUCUUGUCUGAAGCCCAUGGGCCCAAAGUUUCCUACCAAUCAAGGCUACGAGAAGGGCUUCACGAACUGUCUCAGCUCUCACUGAUUUCGACAAGUUCGGACCGAGGUGAAUGUUAUUCAAUGCAUGCAGCGGUCCAUCUAUGGGCGAGGCAGAGGCCGGCGAUGACACUUGUCGAGCAAGCAGUUUGGUGUCAAAUGACAGCAACUAUACUCUCUCGAGCCAUCUUACUUCCACCCUUGGACGACACAGAGGAAGAAGAAGCGUUCCGUGGAGAUCUGCUUUCGCACGUACGUCAUGUCCAAGAUGUUGAGCUGAAAAUCCAAACAAUGUUUACCAAGAAUAGGCAAUCUAGGUUAUGGACUUGGCCAGUAUUGUACUCCCCAAUAACUCCGGAACGACUGGAACAGCUUGUGAAAUUCAGUUUGGUAUAUGCACAAGGCCAAAGAUCCCAACUUCAAGAGGCAGAAAGGUUGCAAUCAUAUGCUGCAAAAGUUGUGAUGCAGUAUUUGGGCAUGGAACACAUCAAGACGAUAAACAUCAUGCGGCUAUUGUCACGGACCUACUGGCAACUUGGACAGAUAGAUGAGGCUGUUGGGGGUUUGAAGCAGGCUCUAGACGCAUGCAUCAACGUUCUUGGCCGAGAAAACCCCGAAACCCUGCAGAUCAUGGAUUCUUACGGCUCGAGUUUGUGGCUACAAGGCCGCAUUCAAGAGGCGCGCAAGGUACACGCAGCUGCUGUCGAAGGCCUCAGCAACACUCUCGGUAGUGAUGACGUUCAGACGUUAAAAGCUAUGGGAGGUCUAGGUCGUGCAGUCGGUAAGGACUUCGAUUUCACCGAGGCGGUCAGCAUACAGUCCAAGGCCUUUACCGGUUUGAAGGCUAAGCUUGGUCCAUCGCAUUCGGCUACGCUUGAGGCCAUGGACAAUCUAGCUAUGGCAUACUUCGACCGAGCCGCAUUUCGCCGUGGCCAACCAGGAGAUCUUAAGCAUGCGCUUGAAUUGGAGUCAGAAGUCUACACAGUACGCUCGGAAAAGCUUGGCAAAGAGCACUAUCAUACUCUGUGGGCGGGCCUUAACUUGGCGCGUAUCCAUGCUAUCCGCGGUGAAACUGACGAGGCCUUGCGGAUAUUCCUACCUGGACACGCGGCUGUGCUAAGAGACCUUGGCGAAAAUCACUUUAUUUAUCUAUUCGGGGAAUUACACCACGGCCGCAUCCUUAUGUGUGCAAGAAGAUAUGAGGAAGCAGAACGAAUCCUAUCCAAUGUAGUGCGUUCGCAUCAGGAGAAUCGCAGGGGUCAUCCUGAUCGCUUACUGGCUAUGUUCUCCUUGAUAAAAUGUCGCAAUGUCUUAGGUAAAGAUGAUGAAACAGCUACUCUUCUUACAGAGUUGAUCGAAGGUACGAAGGCAAUGAUAUGUCUUGGUUGGUACGGCAGUUUUUCAUACCCCAAGUGGAGAUCCGGGGACAUUGCAAACCGAAGAAUCAUGACAGCAAUCAAUGAGAUCGCCUUGGAAGUGGCAGAGGCACGACGCAGGGAAGAGGAAACCAAGAACUCGCAGCUGAACAGAAAGCGUCGGCAUACGUUGAAUCUCGAACUUGACACAUGA